UUUUUGCUCUAGCCCGGCUCGAACCCGGGCUUUGACCUUAAGUAUCGGUGGGGAACUUCUCUCACCAGUUGUUCGGGAACGAGACAUGACCGACGCGGUGGAGUGGGCCACUAUGAAAGCCGGGCAGGGCAUGAUGUCUGGAGAGAUCAACAAGAACUGGCUCUUCUGCAUCCCCAUCCAAGUGGGCCCUGCCACGGAGUACGCGCGUGGUUUGAGGCACUGGUUUGCCUUCAUCAUCCUGCUGCAGGUGGCUGAAGGUGUUUGCCAGUUGGUCUUAAAGACGGCCUUGCUGAACGCCUUGUACAUGGCGGUGGCGGCAUUCAUUGGCCUCUAUGCUUGGUAUCAGGACAUGAACAUCACCUACGUUUGCCUAUGGGGCCUCACAUCCCUUUUCCUGGGCGUCAUGGCCAUCAUCUCCAACCUCAUCCCGGUCAUCACUGGCGUUUUGUCGUUGGACGUGGUGGGGCUCGUGUUGGCGAUCAGCGGUCCACUGAUCUACGCACUCGCUGGAGCCUUCGCGUGGCACCUCUAUAACGACUAUGCCGAGGAUCAUGGGCGCAAGGCCUCCUCCUUCGACCCCUUUGGGCAGUAUGGUGCCAAGUACGACCCCUUGGCGAAGGUGCCCAUGUCCGACAGCGUCUUGGACCAGGCGGCGGGCCGCUUCUUCGACUCCCACAGCCCCGGCGCCUUUGGUCCGGCAGGCUAUGGCGCUGCGGUCUCAGACGACAUCUUCCAGGGCCGACGUGAGAGGGGAGGGGUUUGCUGCUAGAGCGAGCGAAGCCGCGUCCAGCGGAUGCGGAGAUGCCGAAGGUGCAAGAAACCCGGGCUGGCCGGCUAGAUGUGUGGCAUUGUUUAGUUGUGGGGUGGGUGGGUCAGACGGCGGGUUGGUGGGUGGGUAGAGGUUUUCAGAACAGUUGUAGUGAUUGUUCAAUCAGCAGCAGACCCUUCUGGCCGUGCAGGGUGAGCAAAAAGUUUGAAGAGACAGGACGUCGACAAGCUGUUGAUUGUGACUUAUUGACAUUGGCGUGUUGCUUCCAAAUUCCGCAGCUUUGGAAACCACUUGGAUGUUCCAUGUUUGCA